AUGGAUGUUGAGCUGAAAGAGAGCGAGCCUUUGCUCUUUGAUCCUUCAGAGGCGUUGGAGGACGCUACAGUGGAUGUGAAGGAUGAUUUGUGGACCUCAAGGGACGAUUCGUCAGCUACGAGGGAUGGAAUAAGUUCCAAGGCUUCCUUUAUCAAAACCAUCAUUGAUGUGCACGGCGGAAUAGAGGAGUGGUUGAAAACUAGUCUGGAGGAUGCUAUACCAAAGGACCUAUACUCCAUGUACAUUAACAAAAACAACAUCCUCUUUGCAUUUGAUGAGCCAGAUGACGAUUCUAGGCAGUAUAAGUGGGUACAGGAAAUGACAGAAUCUUGUAAACGAUCAAUUCUGGCCAGUUUUGAUACUGUCACCCAUUACACCAACCUUACAUGUCGCAGCGAAGCACACAGAAAGAGGAUUGCAUUCGACUACAAGACGGAUCCCGCUUUCCUGAGGAUCGUGGAGCCUAAAAGUGGAAGGUGCAUUCUCUCCAACUUGAUAAAGUGCGCCGUUCAACAACACAAGGGGUUGAUAAACUAUGUUGACUAUGUACGCAAGAAUAUAGCUUCAAUGCCCCUCCUCGAGGAACUCAAUAGGUUUGCCCUGACACAAAAAAUUGCCUACAAGGCAGCCAGAGAACGUUUGUGGUUCAUCAUUGGACUUGCCGAACAGCUGAAGCUUGUAGAAAGUGGAAAAACGUUUAAAAGAGCGCCAAAUAAUGCAAAGGAUGGGAUGCCCAUAGAUCGGGUUUCCCUAGAUAAGGAGUUGACUUUAAAGUGGUUCAAGAGGGAUUCUGGCAAGGGUGUACAGGAGGGAAAAAGCACUCUAAAGAGUGCAGAAGAAAUGGAAAAUGCACAGAAAAGCAGUGAGGUCAACACUGGUGGAGAGCCCGGUUUUGGAGGUUUCCCAGGAUUAUCAUCCUCACUAAACGAGUCGUGCUCUGUACUUCCAAACCCAGAUGUGCUUCUACAAAGCUCCUCUACCAAUACAGGACCAUCACUCUUGCAAAAUUCGUCAAUGCUGCAGGAACAGUUGGGCAUGAGUGAUACAUUUAUGGAUAAUAGCGUAUCAUUUUUGGCGGACGGAAACAUUUCCCUUUUAGGAAAUGAGAGUGUGCCAAUUUUGGCAGAUGCUAGCAUGUCAAUCCUUGCAAAUGAUAGUGUGUCCCUCUUUGUGGAUAAAAAUAACGAGCCAGUGUCUGGAUUUACAAGUCUUGGUAUCGGCGAGCUCUCGACUCCAAAUGCAAAAAAUACAGCCUUGUUGAAUGCCAAGAGAAAUGUCGACAGUUUUGAUGACAACUUCAUGAAUUUAAUGAAUGAAUCUCCUGCGUCGUUUUUCCGUCUUGACCAGCUUUCAGACCAGACGAAAAAUAGUUUAAAUGACUCGCAAGGGACAAGUUGGCAAGCCCUUCAAAUGAUGAAAAAGACAAAGAAUAAACCGGAGGAAUCGAAGGGAAAACAUACAAUGAAGGAAGUUUUGGACAAAUUUGUAAAAAAGAAGGCGAAUUACGCCUUCAAGAAUGCAAUUUCUACCAUAUCGGUAUUAGAGGCAGCCUGUAAGUUGUACGGAAAGGGGCCAAAAUGGUGUAACCCAAACAAGAAUGAAUUUGAUACUAGCAAUAAAGAUCGCAAGCUAGUCUAUGUAAUGCCAUCAAAGGCAGUUAAGCCAAAUGAUUUGGCAUAUCAGUAUCUUAUGCAAUAUGCAUCUGUUCACCAAAAGCUAAAUGGAGGCAUUAGGCAGGAACAUGCCAUACUAUACGGUAUCAUUACAAUGGAUUCUGCUCCAGAUGCAAAUCAAGCCUCUGCAAAAUCCUUCAAGGUCAAUGCUGACCCUUGGCAUGACAAGAGGUUUAUAGAAAAGUGGUCAAAGCUUUCCAUAUCCAUUAAUGGAUACACGCCGUGGAUUAUCAAGAGCCAUGUUUUAAUGGAUGACAAGGUCCCUAUUCAAGAGCCUAUAGUGGAGAGUCUAGCAGAUGAGCAAAUUCUUUCUCCGGACGAGGAGGUGCAGCCAGAAGCCACUAUGGAUGUACAAGAGAAUGGUGUCGCAGAAGUUGCCGAUGAAGAGGAUGUCCUAGAUGAGGUACCUACUGAGCAACCCAGCAUGGAUCUAGCAGAGACUGUUGUGGAGGUGGAGGAACAACCUGUUACAGAACCACCAGAAAAUGUACAUGCCGAGACAACUGUAGAGAUACCAGAGGAGGAGAAUCAGCACGACCAGGAGAGUCCAGUGCGCAUGGUAAGGAGGAACAUUGGACCAAAUGGACUCUACUCGAGCGGAUAUGAAAUUGAGGAGACCCAAACAAGCGACAGUCUGGAAGCGUGCAUGGAGGAGGAAAACCCAAAGAACGAGCCGGAAAAUGACCCUUUGGAGAAGAAGGAAUUGGAAACUAUGGAAACACUUUCAACACAUUGCCCAGAUGAAGAAGUCUCUGAACCACCCCGUAUUAAGCUUGAAAGGGAUGCCAAGGAUGAUCAAGAAGGCACAAAAAUUCCACCGACAGACGUAGAUAUCAAGACAGAGUCGGACAAGAAAAACUAUGACGCACCAGGACCAGUGAAAAUACAAGAUACUGGUAUGAAGCAAAUGAAACUGACGCACUUGUUCCGCUACGUAUACACCAAGAUCAAAAAGACGAGACCACUCCCAGAAUGUUCACCGGAACUUCUUGGCCUAUCUGUUCCAAAAGAGGAACCUGCAAGGGUCGAACAUGCCUCUCCAAUUUUCGGCAAGAGGAGGAGGAUUCUCGAUGACGACCACGUUCCCGAUGUCUUGGCCUCUGACUAUGUCAAAAUCGCCACCGAAAAUCCCACGAAUUCUUCUCAGGAUUCAAAUGAUGGUCAAGAAGAGGCAGAGCCUGCAAAAGUUCCAGGACCUGAAAAGGCUGAUACUCCUACUUUUGACGUUACAAAUGAGACCGGUGGCAAGGUUGACGAAAAAUCUCAAGAGGCGGCCAAGGCGGCGUUUAUGGCAAAGUUUGCAAAACACAAGACUGCGCAGGAGAAAAAGGCAAACAGACGUGAGAGAAUCCACCAAAUGAGGGAGAUUAUGAAGAGCAUGAUAGAAUACGAGGCGGUUGAAAGUGACGACGAGAACUUGUCCGACCCAGAGGACAUCAAACGCUCCCUUGAGCUUUUAAAGAACAGACUGUUGCACUCCUCUGACGAGUCUGAUAGCGAGCCUGAAAGUGAAACUGAAAUCGCCAUGGAGAUGAGGAAUUUCAUCCAGGAGGUCGAGAAUAUAAAUGAGGAGGACGAAGAAAUCGCAAGACAGAGAUUCUACGAGGACAUGAAGGCAAAGGAGGACAACGAACUUGCCAAACUCAUGGCAUUCAAGGAAAAGGGUGAGCGGGAGAUGACCAGACGAGAGGAGAGAAUGAAGCUUUUGAUGGAGCUCAAGAAAAGGAGGAGAAGCAGCACCGACGAUUUACACCUUAGCGACUUCGAGUCAUCGUCAGAUGAACAGGAGAGCGAUGAAGAGGACGGUGCACCAAGAUUGAGCAAGAAGGAAAUCAAGCACUUGCUAGGGUUCAAGGAUAAAGGGGAGGUCAAGUUAUCGCAAACGGACGAAUUGGAGAGAUUCAUCGAUUUCAAGCUCCAAAAUCUUCCUCAACCCAUUGCUGAAGAGGAGUCAAAUGUAACUAGCAAUUUGGGCAAUGUGAUAAAGAGCAGAAGGGACAUGAUGGACAAUAUGUUUUCCUCUGGUUUCGACUCGUUGUUUUCCAAUGUGGACCCUGAUUAUUCUUCCAGCGUUCCAUUGAACCCGUUUGGAUCAUCCGCCCUAAACACAAGCCAGAGCUUUUCCAACACCAAGUCCCCAAAGAAGAACAGUGCCUUUGUAAUGAAGUCGUUUAGGUGGGACCAGUCCCAGAAAAAGCCACUCAACUCGACCAAUAUAAGGAAUUUCAGGGGAUUCACUGGAUUCCACAACAUCGCUGCUACCACCGAUCAGGUUAGAGGUCCCAAGAGGGAUGGUACAUUUUAA